UGAGUACAUAUGUACUGUUUUAAAGAUUUAAAAAAAAGAACCGUGUGUGUUAAAUUGCAACUAAAAAUUAAAAUAAAGACAAAAAUUGAACUGAAUAGUUGGAAAACGAAAUAUUAGAAGAUUGGAAAAAAUACGGUGGGUUAUUAAAUCCUAAAAUGAAAAGACCUGCUCAGUGUUUGUUUAAAAUCUUAAAUUAAAUUUGAAGCGUAACGAGUGGUUCAUGGUUUUUACGGCACUACGGUCAGUCACUAUAGUGAUGUUUAAAGUCUGUUUUCUUCACAAAUGUAACCAGUCGCUGACUAGAGUGUGAAACUGAAAUUGGCAGCUCGUCAAGCUGGCGGCCCUUCAGGAUGUGGACCGCGCGCCCUCGCUAGCACCGCGUACAACUCGCAACGUCGCUACUCUAACUGGUAUUAGACACGUACAAUAGUUGCAGCCAACAAAUUGCAAGGAAGAUACACAAAGUAUAUUAUGUAUGUAUUGAAAUAAUUUGUUGGUCGAGGACCUUCAGCCUGUACAGUGUGCAAGCCGUAAACAAUGAAAGAGGUGUGCAAUAGCGAGGAGGUGCCCGAGGUAGAGAUCGUCAGCCUUCUCCAAGAGCACAUACCAAAGUAUCGGCUGAGAGCAGAUAGUCUAACGCAAUUCGGAGGAUACGAAAAUCAAGAUUGGUUCAUUCCAUCGCCUGCGCUGCCAGUCAGCUCUGCGGACUUGGAACUAACACCUGACCAGAUCAGGGAGACGCUCAAUUACUUCCUUCUAUGCAGCAACAGGGUGAGCCAAAUGACAAAAACCUACAAUGACAUCGAAGCGGUAACACGGCUCUUAGAAGAAAAAGAGAAAGAUUUGGAAUUGACGGCACGUAUCGGUAAGGAAUUGCUGACUGCUAAUGGACGUUUGGAGUCUCGCGUCACAGCACUUGAAGGAGAGUUGAAAACAGCACGGGACCACAUUACGCAACUGAAGCACGAUCUCAGUGUCAAGACUGAUCUAUUACAGGUGCUAACAAAUGACACAGAAGAGGGGUCCCCUACGGAGCAGGAGGAGGCGAGUGCGGCUGCGUUGCGACGUCGGACCGGCGCACUGGAGCGGGAGAACCGCGCCCUGCGCGAUGAGGCGGCGCGCCUCGCGGCCGGCGCCGACUCCGCCGAGCUUGCCGAGAGACAGCUGCUGCGUGACAUCGUGCAACAACUCACAAGUGCGAAUUCUGAGGCCAGCGCGUUGGAAACCGAGCUGCUCGAAGAGAGGCAACGCUCCGUCGAUCUUCAACAGCAGCUGGACAGCACUCGAUCGAGGCUCGCCUUCAACGAAAGAGACUUUAAACAGCUAACGACAGAACAUGAGCACACGCUGCGAAUAUUAGAAAUAACAAAGGAGAAUCAGAAUGCACUCGCAGCGGAACUGGCCGAUGUUAAGGAGCGAUAUGCGGAAGUGGCAGCGCAUCUGGCGGAGGCGCAGGAGCAGCUGCGGGCGCUGCGGCGGCGCGGGGAGGGCGCGCGCGGCCUCAUGCCAAGCGUGGCGGCCGCCGCCGGACUGCUGCCCCCCACGCUGCACCGCGAGAUGCACUCCUCCGUCUACUCGGAACUCAGCCUCGAUUCCGGUAUUGGCGAUCCACUUGCACAUUCAAGUAUGCAGAAAGUGUUUGAAACGGUGCAGUGCGCGUCGCGGUGGUCGGGCGCGUCCAACGCGUCGCUGCCCGGCUCCGACGUGGCGGACGCGCCCCGCCCUCCCUUCUUCAAGAACAAGCCGCCCUCACACGACUCUUUCCUCGACGAAACCUCCGAUACGGAAUCCGAAGAUUUAUAUCCCGGCGACACGGCGGUAGGGGUGCCGGGGGCGCCAGGCGCGGCCGAGCUGGCGGCGGCGCUGCGCCGACUCACGCCGCAGGAGAUCGACUCGCGACGAGCCUCGCUCACCGCCUCACACGCGCGACCUCUGCGACGUCAUGGAGAGAGAGAUUCGAGCGUAGAAAGUGCUGUAUGGGGAGCCGGGGCUGCCGGCGGCAUGGUUCGGUUCCGAACACCGCACAAACUUCAGAUCGUCAAACCUCUCGAAGGUUCCUUAACCCUCCAUACCUGGGCGCAACUCGCUAAACCGAAUAUGUCAGGCUUACUGGAAGAACAAGAGGGUGUCGGAGUGAGAGGAUCCAGGACAGCACCAGGCAUGGGCUUACGGUUGUAUCGAUUGUCUGACGUCGAAGAAGAUGACGACAUGCUACGAUUGCCGCACUCCAGCCACAUAUACACCUUCACAAACAGCUCCGUGUGCUUCGACAGCACCGUGCUACAUCCCAACGACGGCAGUCUCGCGGGCAGCAGCGUGAGCAGCGUGUGCAGUAGCGGGAUGAGCAGUCUCUCCAGCAGUGUACUCGGCACCGCGUGGAGCUCGCGGCUCACCUCGCGCCGCUCCUCCGCCGCCGUCUCCCCAGUGCACUCCAGGCGAGAAUCAGUCUGUCUGCCACCCUCGCGGCCGCACUUCACGCCGACCGCCACCCCCGCCAACAGCCCUCUACUGGGUUCGCCAGACUCCUCCCCGCCACCCACACCUCGCCCCGGUGACGCGCCUCCCUCUUUGCACUCGCUCAUUGCGAGCGGCACGUCUAUACUGCGGCGCAGAUACCUCGCCGGAACCUCACCUAACUCCGAAGGUUCGCCAGCGCCGCUCGCCCUGCAGACGCCGGGUUCAUUAUACACGGGGCUUGUACAUCGCAGUCCGAUGGAACAACUGACGUGCUUGAAACGAACGUUGCGAUCCCCGGCCGCCCCUCCCCAGGAACGCGGGGAGAACAGUGAAACGCCGUUAGGAGUGCCAGCAACACCAGGGUCGGGGGCGCUAGAGCUGAGCGCUCCAAACCGCGGCCGGCGACCGCGUGCGCGCGCCCCCCGCCCCCGCUCAGAUCUAGGCACGGUGGGGGGGCCGCUGGGGGGCCCGGCACCACCCGCGCAUGCCUCACCGCUCGGCACAUUCAGUAUGCUUUUUGGUAGAAAAGGUGGACUCCUGUGAAGUUAAUUUGGAAACUUAGCGUUUGUUUGAUAUCGUUAGACAUUCUUCCUUGAUCGAAGAGCUUUUAAGAAAUAAUUCGAUUAGUUUUUGUGAAUGUUAACUAACUGUCCAACUAUUGUCGAUUUGUUGUUUUUCAUCGGCCGUUACAGUAGAGGAUGCUGCAAUUUUUAUGUUUUGAUUUUGUGUAUUUAUUGUUUAGGUUUCUCAAAUUUUAGAUUAUUUUGACAAUUUUUUAUUUAUUUAUAUUACGUUCGGUCAUCUCGUCGCUUCCUGCAUUUAUAAAUGACCGAUGGCAGAGUGAGCAAGACGAAGUGUUGCACCGCGAUUGUGUUUGUUUCGUAGCGGACGUAUGUAGCUCUAGUUUAAACAUUCCCACGCCUCAUUCAUUUAAGCAAAAGUGGACUAUCUCGUUAACUUGUGCGUCCAUUACAAUCACGGCGACGAACAAUUUCUCUAUAAAUUCAAGACAUAUUUAUGUACGAAAUAAUACGUUCGAAGUAGUUUUGUAACAUCACAAUAUUUUCUUAUAAUAUGUUUAUAAUCAAUCUAUUGACGGUGUUUUGUAAAUUAUCGGAAACAAUUCCGUCACCGAAAAGUCUGUAGUAUCGUAAGGGUUGUAAUAAUUAUAUAAUUAUAGGUAAAUAGUGAGACUUAACCGUAGUGAAGAUGCUUUAUUUAAAUUUAGUUAUCAUUUUUUAAAUUCCAAAUCUCAUUUUAGCUUGAAUGUUGUCUGUCGUGCAUAUGAUUGAUAUGAUUACUUGUUUAGUAAUAGUUUUGUAUUGUGUCAUUGUAUAUAAUUGAAUUUCCAUUAAUUUAGAAGAGUACAAAUUAAUAUGUUUAUUAUGAUCAAUAUUAGUGACAUUAGAAUCAAUAUCGAUUUUCAUAAUUUUAUAAAUUGUCAUUUGAUUCAAUAAUUACAAUUUAGAGGUUAAUUGGUGCGUACCGUAGUUAUAAAUAGGAAAUUUAAUUUAAUAUUGAAUCCUAAUACUGCUGAAAUAGUGCUAUUUUUUGUUAUGGAAAACGUUAGUGCAAAGUAUUUCUUUUUUUUGUGUCAAUUUUAACACUUUAUUUAUAUUUAGAUUUAACUUUAUUUGGAAAUAAACUCUUACUGCAAGAGGCCGCAUAUAGUCGGGUGCUAGGCAGCUCGAAGAAGAAUUAUUGCAAAUGAUUGAGAACUUGCACUACGUUUUGCCACACGCGACCAGUUGAUUUGUUUUAAUUGCGACUUAUUUAGGUUACUAAAAUCGGUGCUAGAUAGUUAUAAAACGCCAUCGCGCCAGUGGAGUUUCGUUAGUUUAAAUACUAACUAAUAUGGUGAUUAUUUUUUUGCAGUCAUGACAUAAAUCACAAACGAAUCACAAUCACUAAGUUUUCGGUAAAAUGGUAAAGGCUGUGAGGUGGUAGCAUAUGAUAAUGCAUAUUACAUUAUAUCAGAUGAGUGAUUAACAUAAUUGAAGUAGGCACAAAUUUCAUUAUAAUGUAAGCGAAAAUUGUUAAGAUUCUGACGAUUACAACACAAUGAUAAAUGAUUGUAACAAAAAAGAAAUAUAAUUAUCCAAAUGAA